AGAUUGGCGUUCCGGGAACCAACCAGAGCCCUCCGUUCUCCCCGUGUAGCCAAUGGGAGGCAGGGGGCGGGCCUCGGCGCCAAGCGUGGGGCUCGUUGAAUGUGAAGGAUCGGGAGAGCAAUUCUAUUUCAGAAUGCCGAAAAUGAAUGGAGAAAAAAAAGAAAAGAAGGCAGAAAAAAGAAAAAAGAUGAAGCAACACGUGGCCCAAAAGGAAGAGCUGGAACCAGAAACUGAACCAGUGAAGAAGAAGAAGAAGCAGAAGCCAAAUCUGCAGCAGGCAACCAGGGAUGCAAAUGUGGGAGGUUUGGAUGUGGUGAUGGGCGAGGAGGAGGAACAGAAGUCUUUAGGAGAUGUGUUCAGUUCUACUCAGGCAACAAAAGAAGAGGAAGAACUUAUUGCAGAGGAAGAGCAAGAACUUACUCCAGAGGAAAAGAGGAAACUGGAAAGAAAAUUAAAAAAAGAGCGCAAGAAGAAGGAGAAACAGCUGAUGAGGGAAGCUGGAAUCUCCAUUAAAAAGGCGGCGCCCCAGAAGCCAUCGGGAUCUGAGCGGGCUCUGGCCUAUUUAACCAGCUGGUCUGAAAACCCAGGAGAAUGGAAGUUUCAAAAGGCAAGACAAACGUGGCUUCUCCUGCACAUGUAUGAUAAAGAGAAGGUUCCAGACAAGUAUUUCACCAUUUUACUGGAUUAUCUGCAAGGCCUUCAGGGCGGGGCAAGAGACAAAACUGUGGAGAAAGCUGAAGCUUUUAUGAAGGAAUUUGAUGGUUCUGAUGGAGAAGACCCAAACGUGCUGGAGAAGUGUGAGCGCGUACGCCAAGUUCUGCAACUGCUGUCCUGAGAGUAUUUUUGAGUCUUAAUGCUUGUCUGGUGGAGAGGAGGAGAGGAUGUCAUAUACAGAGGCUAUAAGUGAGUUGUAAAGAUGUCAUUUUCUAAAAGUAAUCCUAAGUUUUGUACUCAUAAUUUUUUGCAAUUGCAAAUAUUUAUCGUGUUUUGAGGCGAUGAAAUAAAAAUAACAUAUAUGGUCCAUAGA